GUUCAUUCAGGAUAAGAUAACGGAUUGUUCUCGCAGCAAAAUUUGUUUCGGUUGUUGUUGGAAUGCCGUAAAGGUUUAAGGGACUACAGAUGCUUUCGAUUGGGUUUAUUAAGGUUUUAAAAGGUUGUUAGCCAGGCCCCUGCCCAUCUUCCAAAGGUGUAAUGAUCCGAGUUCGACGUCUCAGGGUCUGGUUUCUCCUAGUUUUUCUUGUCUUCUUCGUUACCGUUCCAUACUUCUGGAUGAUGACCAGUAGUAAGGUUAUCCACAAAGACGUCUUUUACAACGAACCGAUGCGUAUAAAAGAGGGCGAUAUUGCUGGGACCAUUCCGAAGGAAGACCGAUCAUCGAAUGAAUUGAAUGUAAUUCAAUAUUUUGAGUGUGAGAAAUUGUUUGCAAAUGAUCCUGUGGAAAUGUCGAAAGCGAGUGCAUUUUUACAGCUAAGGAAUUUCACCUUUCCUCGACGCCGGGAUGAAAACUAUAUAGAUCUGACAAUGAACUGUGAUAUUUUCAAAGAGUCAAGAGGAUAUUUUGUUUACCCACCAACACAAGAAGAGAAAUCAUUUCCGAUUGCUUUUAACAUACUGUUCCAUCAAAAUGUAGAACAAUUGGAACGAUUAUUGCGUGCAAUAUACAGGCCUCAAAAUCAGUAUUGUAUUCAUGUCGACGGGAAAACAUCUGAGGAUGUAUUAAAUAUAGUCACACAAAUUGCUUAUUGUUUCCCCAAUGUGUUCAUAGCAUCUGAAUUGGAAAUUGUGAUAUACGCCAGUGCAACAAGGUUGUCCGCUGAUAUAAAUUGCAUGAAAGAUCAUGUUAACAAUCGAUUUCAGUGGAAUUAUUUACUAAACCUUGCAUCUAGUGAAUAUCCAAUCAUGACCAACCUUCAAAUCGUCCAAAUAUUAAAGCAGUUCAAUGGAUCAAACGAUAUACACGAGGUUUUCUCGACAAUGGACGAGGGUAGAUUCAAAAGGAAGUAUUACACAUUUAUUGACCUUUAUGGCAAAUCGGGGUACAUGAUCCACACGGACAAACAGAAAGAACCUCCACCACAUAACCUCAAAAUCACCAAGGGAAAUGCAUACAAUAUAUUUAGCAGGGCUUUUGUUGAAUGGUUUUUGUCGAACCAAAUGGCAAGGGACCUUCUUGGCUGGUCAAUGGAUACUCUUACCCCGGAUGAGCAUUUUUGGGCAACAUUGAAUAACAUCUACAGCAAUCCACAUUUGAAAACGCCAGGCGGAUACACUGGACAUCCGGAUACCAAGCCGUUCUUUGCACGCUACAUUGGAUGGAACACCUCGAUCCAUCGGGAACGAUGCAAGGGAGGCCACUACGUUCAUAAUAUAUGCAUAUUCAGCGUACUUGACCUUCCAAAUAUCAAGGACAGAUAUGAGAUUAUUGCCAAUAAAUUUGAUAUUGAGUAUGACCCCAUUGCUUACAGGUGUAUGGAGGAAUUCACAUUGAACAAUGUGUUGAAUGAGAAACUAAUCAGUAACCCAAAACGAUAUAGAAAGUUAGCAUUACUUUCCAGAUAAUAAUUUGUUUCCUUUCUCCGGUACCAAUUAAAUACACUAUCCUGAGUAUAUUCUGAACGUGUUUUUCUUACAUUUCACACCGUUUGAACCAAUAAUUAAUGAUUUACAGAACAAGGGAAACGCUCCGUCGAUAAUUAGAACUGGUUUGCCACGAAUGGUUCUUAUAUUUAUUUUUAGUAAACGAUUAAAACGUUCGCCACAUAGUCAUCAUCGCAAGGUUAAACAAUUCUUACCUUUAUUUUCAACAUUUAAGAACAAGAUGUAAGCCACCAAGAACACUAUUUAUCGUUUAAGGUAUUCAGCAGUAUCCCUUCAAAAUCAUUUCAAUGUAUCCCGUUAUUGUUGUCAACAACAUUCAAGAAAUACCAGGGGCCAAUAAAUAUGGAAUGAAUAUGUAGAAAUGCAGUUUUUUUCCAUAAAAUAUUAAAUAACUUAAUCUAAAACUGUGUCUACAUUAAUUUUGAUAUCACAAUAAACAGAUCAUGGCUUUGCCUUUAAGAUUUAAAUCGGACAGGACUUUAAAAGCAGGAUUUUGCGAAAGACGCAUUUUUGACAUGCGCCUCACGUGCUACCCCGACACAUAUUUAGUUUAAAUGUCUUCCCCUAUGAAUA